UAACUCAACAUAACAGCGUUAACCAUAACAGUUACAGCGAUCACCUGCAAGUGGAAACUAUUUUCAUACUUUUUUUUAAGCAAGGAAAAGUUUGUUAUGCCAAUAACAAACCGCUUGCAGUGAAACACAACCCAUGACCUUUCACCUUUCACUUUGUUUGUUACGGAAGACAUGACCCACCUUGUAGCGCUGCAGGCCGCAAGAGUUUAACAACAAAGCAGCGAACAGGAGGCGGAAGGUGAACCAGAGCUACAUGAUCCGACCAACAGGUGUGAUGGCAGUUGGAGGGCUGAUGACUGGAGAUGCGUGGCUUUAGGGGUGCAGCGCUGCUCUAGCCGGCACCAUGCAGCAGAAAGGUGCGAUACGAAUUAUCGAAUGGGAGGACCUGGACAAGAGGAAGUUCUACUCCCUGGGUGUGUUCAUGACCCUGACCACCAGGGCCACCGUCUACCCGGCCAGCCUCAUCCGCACUCGGCUCCAGGUGCAGAAGGGGAAGGCCCUCUACUCCGGCACCGUUGAUGCUUUCUGCAAGAUCCUGCGAGCGGAGGGUGUGCGAGGCCUCUACCGUGGCUUCAUGGUCAAUACGUUCACCCUGGUCUCAGGACAGGCUUAUAUCACCACCUAUGAACUGGUGCGCAGGUAUGUGAACCAGUACUCGCCCAGUAACACGGUGAAGUCGGUGGUGGCUGGAGGGGCAGCUUCCCUGGUGGCCCAGACCAUCACGGUGCCGAUAGACGUGGUGUCCCAGCACUUGAUGAUGCAAGGACAGGGGGAGCACCUGACUCGCUUCAAGGCCAAACCCAAAACGAUGCUCGCAACAACUAAGCGCAGGCUGACUUUCGGGCAGACCCGUGACAUCACGGUGCAGAUAUUUGCAGCCGAUGGUUUCAAGGGAUUUUACAGGGGCUACGUGGCGUCGCUUCUCACGUACAUACCGAACAGUGCACUGUGGUGGCCUUUUUAUCAUUUUUAUACAGGGCAGCUGUCCUUGUUGGCGCCAAGUGAGUGUCCCCAUCUACUUCUGCAGGCUUUGGCCGGACCAAUGGCAGCAGCAACCGCCUCCACCAUCACCAACCCCAUGGAUGUUGUUCGUGCAAGAGUACAGGUGGAGGGACGGUCGUCCGUUAGGGAGACCUUCAAGCAGCUGCUGGCAGAGGAGGGCGCCAUGGCGAUGACCAAAGGGUUGUCCGCCCGCAUCAUUGCCUCCCUGCCCACGUCGGUGCUCAUCGUGGUGGGAUACGAGACUCUGAAGAGACUGAGUCUGCGAGCUGAUCUCGUGGACUCCAGACACUGGUGAAGGGCCAGAGGGACCCAGGACGGCCUCGCACCGGGCUUCACCUCCUCACAGCCGGGCAGGAACUCUCACCCGUGUAGCUGCUUUCCACACACCUUUGUAGAUCAGUGGUGUUUUAAUACAGGUUUGUAGCAGUAGAGUGCCCAUGGUGGGAGGUACAGGUGGUAUUACCGCGUCUUUUUCUGGUUGUCAGACCCAUUUCUACUAGCCUUGUUUUUGCUAAACGGUUUCUGUAAAACAUUAAGAUAUAAGUGAAAACAAUGUUCUGCAUUUUGCUAUAAAUUUGCCUUUUAAAAAAAGAGCAGUGGAUAACUCAAGGCUCCUAUGAUUAUUACCACCUGUACUGUAUAUUUGACCAUUAUGGAAUGACUGCACCAUUGUUUCUUUAAUGCCUCUUUUUGUUUUCCUGUGUCAUGGCACAGAGGCAGCCUAAGCUUGUGAGCACUUGAUGCAGCUUUUACGUUCACAAUCCAGCUGGGUUCAGGUUUUUUUAAAAUUAUAAAUAGUUACUCCGCAGUAAAUCACAUGUUUUUUUUCAAGAGAAUUUGCAACAAGGUCAGUCUAAUGACUUUUUAAUGUGCCAAAUUCUUGAGACACAAAUGACGUCUUUGCCCUUUUUGAGCAUUUGUAGAGCAGAAAAGCUUUAUGUGUGCAUUCCAGUGAAACUUUGUGCAGAGGUGAGAAACAUCUGCUCAGAAUCUCACCUUAGUUUAGGCAUAAAUCAAGUAAGAAUACGAUUUAUUUAAUGAGAGCAAUGCAGUUUCUGCAAUGCAGGUCUUUGUAACCGAAAGGCUUUCUGUAAUAUAUGUAGCUUUAUUUACCAGCUGUCUGUGAAGUCACUAGAACACAAGUGAUCAACUUAUCAACGUUCUAGGCGGGUGUUUCUGCUUCUUUUUGUCUGUGUAAAUGGAAUGUACAAAACAAAGUGGAGAUAGAGAGAAUAGAGGUAACGUUACAGGCCUGGGAUCAGAUCGCUGAACAAGAGGUGGGGAUUUUCCACGGUUGUUCUGUACAUUAAUUACAGCGCUCGGAUGUCUGAGGAUCACAUCGCCAACUGUUUGGUUACAGAACAGAAACCACAGGUGCCAGUUUGCUUAAAGCGGACACACAGGCAGAGCAAAGACACCCGCAGACACAACUCAACUCCUAAAGUUGCCUUCAGAUUUCAGUCACUUAAAGAGUGCGAGGUACAUCAUCGAGGCCAUACUUGGACGUGAUUACUGCCAGAAAGCACAUCUCAGUGAGGGUUGACACACACUGCUCCUUCUUUUACAAAAUGAAAUCUUAUGCAAACAGCACUCUUCAGUUUGAUGGAUCAGUUUCUGAACUGGUGAGAUUAUGUCUGAAAAGGACCUUUGCCGAUGUGGUGGAAGUGCUCCGCGUGUGUGCGACAGCAAAGAAUUGUUAAACGUGCAGUUUGAUGUGAUUUAAACUUGGAGAAACUUGUGUACCUUCGAUGAAAAGUAAUAAAUAAUUCUGAAUCACUGC